ACCGGUAAUUUAUAUAUAUAGUUGCCACGCCGAAGGAGACGAGAGGUAGAGUUGAGGCCCUACUCAUGCCAACUUCCAUAUUCCUUUUGUUUACUGGUGGGUCCUACACAAUUAGAAGGAAUUUUCCGUUUAUGGCCAUUGAAUUUAAAUACUCCCCCAUCUCAUCUUCAUAGUAAGUACUCAUCAUCAUCCACUUUAGUCUUGAGAGAUAUAUAUCAACAAUCAAUAAUAACAACGUACGAGGCUCCUCUUCUUUCCACUCCUCCGAUCCCACGUCCCUUCAAGUAGAGCAACCAUAUUUAAUUAAGUAAUAUCAUUUACCUGCCACACAGUCUCAAAGGAGAAUAUAGAACAAGAUGGAAUAUGGUGGCAUAGUGCACAAUGAAAAUGGUGCGUUUGGGAGCUUGUCGGAGUCAGCGGUAGAGGCAGAAGUAGAUUUGGUGGACGAGCUACUGGUGGAGGGGUGCUGGGUGGAGACAACUAGUGCAGGAGGGUGCUACAACUGGAUGCAUAAUCCAUCAGAUGCAGUAGUGGCGCCGCAACCACAGUACUUGGAAAUGCUGCAGCUGCAGCUGCAGGAGGAAUCAUCAUCGUCGUCAUCAGAUCAGGAGAGCCUUGUGGGCAAGAGGUGGUGGAUCGGGCCUACUAGGCCGGGCCCUUCAUCAUCUUCUUCCUCUUCCUCCUCGGUAAAGGAGAGAUUAGUGGUCGCGGUCGGGUAUUUGAAAGACUACACAAAGAACAACAAUCUGCUCAUUCAGAUAUGGGUGCCCCCACGGAGAUCACCACUACCCCUUCCCCUUCCCCUUCCCCUUGAUGUGCUCACCUUUCCCAACCCCAGCCCUAACCCUAACCCUAACCUAUGCGUUCGCUUCUUGAGAAGCCAUGAGUAUUCUCAUCAUUAUCAGGCGCAGCAGCACUACGAUCUCCGUGGAUCCAUCGCCUUACCCGUCUUUGAACGAGGCACUGCCACGUGCCUUGGCGUCCUCGACAUUCUCAUCACCAACCACCUCAACCUCGCCAACAACUAUCGCCCUCAGCUUGAUAAUGUCUGCAACGCUCUCGAGGCUGUCGAUUUUAGGAGCUCUCAUCAGAACUUGAACGCGAAUUUUAUGCCGCCGGCCAUAAAGGUGUAUGAGGAGCUAUACCAAGCAGCACUGAAUGAGAUAGUGGAGGUGUUGACAUCGGUGUGCAAGACGCAGAAUCUUCCUCUAGGGCUGACAUGGGCGCCGUGCAUCCAACAAGGAAAGUGUGGGUGCGGGCACUCAUCGGCAAUGUGCGUGUCCACGGUGGAUACAGCGUGCUAUGUGGGGGAUCUGGAAAUGCUGGGUUUCCAGGAGGCGUGCUCAGAGUACCACCUCUUCAAGGGGCAAGGCAUAGUUGGCACCGCCUUCACAUCAGCCAAGCCCUGUUUCGCAAUCGACAUAACAGCCUUCAGCAGAGCAGAAUACCCGCUUUCUCACCUCGCUAACAUCUUUGGCUUGCAUGCCGCCGUCGCCAUCCCCCUCCGCAGCCUCUACACCGGAUCCGCUGACUUCGUCUUGGAGUUCUUCCUGCCAAAGGACUGCCAUGACACCGAGCAGCAGAAGCACAUGCUCAAUUCCCUCUCCAUGCUCGUCCAGCAAGCUUGCCGGAGCUUGCACGUUGCCACCGACGACGACUUCACCCCUCCGAUGCUCACUCAUCAUCAAGCGCAAGCACAAAUAAUGGAAGAGGCGUGCUCGAAGGAUCAGUCGUGGAUAGCGCACAUGAUGGAGGCGCAGGUGCAGCAGAAGGGGAAAGGGGUAUGCGUGUCGUUGGAGUACCAAAUGGAAGAGCCCAAAGAGGAGUUCAAGGUGACAACCAACUGGGACACCGCCAACGACCAAGCCCAUCACCAGCUGUUCUCCUCAUCAGAUUUCGGCCACAUUGACGUGCUUGAGCACAGUAGGUCGAGGGCCAGCACUGCCGUGGACGGCGGCGAGGAGUCUUACGCCUUGGGUGGGCGGCGCUCCUCUUCUUCGGGUUCGGGCGGCAGGAAGUCAGGCGACAAGAGGCGAACCAAGGCUGAGAAGACUAUCAGCCUGCCUGUGCUCAGACAGUAUUUCGCCGGAAGCCUCAAAGACGCUGCCAAGAGCAUUGGUGUGUGUCCCACGACUCUGAAAAGGAUAUGCAGGCAGCAUGGGAUAACAAGGUGGCCUUCCAGGAAAAUAAAGAAGGUAGGGCACUCCUUGAAGAAACUUCAGCUUGUGAUCGAUUCGGUGCAGGGUGCAGAGGGUGCCAUACAGAUUGGCUCCUUCUAUGCCAGCUUUCCCGAGUUGAGCUCCACAGAUCUAUCUUCCCGUUCCGAAUCAUCACCAUCCAAGAAAAGCCACACUACAACUAUUCCUCAUCAGAAUCACAAUAACAAUACAUUCUUGAAAUCCCCACCCUCCUCUGCAUGCAGCCAGACCUUAGAUGUUGUCAUGACAGAGAGCUCCGAGGCAGCAUUGCUGCUCAAGAGAGCUCACAGCGAGGCGGCAGAGUUGCUGCAGCAUGCAUCCCUCCAAUCACAAGAGGAUACAAAGCAUAAUAGUUUCAUCAGCAGCAGAUCCAAUAAUAAGAGCCAUCAUCAUCACUCUCAAGACAGAGACAAAGAAAGGGGUGCUUUCAGGGUCAAAGCUACUUUUGGGGACGAGAAGAUCCGGUUCAGCUUGCAGCCCAAUUGGGGGUUCAGAGAUCUACAGCUUGAGAUGGCAAGGCGCUUCAACUUGAACGAUAUUAGCAUCAGCAGCAGCAACAUCGAUCUCAAAUACUUGGAUGAAGAUGGGGAGUGGGUUUUGUUGGCAUGCGAUGCAGAUCUUGAGGAGUGCAAGGACAUACACAGAUCAUCUCAGAGCCGAACCAUCCGCCUCUCACUUUUUCAAGCUUCCCCCCUCAAUCAUCUAGCAACAAACACUUUUGGCAAUGGCACCACCAGCCCCUCCUAGCUAGUGUUUUUUAGUUUCUACUUUUUGGGACUUCUCAAUUCUCAUCUUUUGAGGGAUACACACACCAAGGUAUCUCUUAAUCAUUAGUUGGGAUUCAUGCACUUUCUACUUUACCCUAACUCAUGAUUAAGAAACACCUCCACAUAUGUGGUCCUUAAACUCAAAGGCCCCCUUCAAUGGUGGUUCAAAGCUAAUACAUGCAUUACAUUCAAAUACUCCUAUAUAUAUAUAUUAGUUCUAAACAGUAAGCCUUUCUUCUUGCUUUACUUAUAUCCACAAUUGCACAU